UCUAAGUACGUGCAUGCGUGUUGUGUUCCGUUCGGCUUUUAAUUUUAUAAAUUUCUAAAUCAGUUAAAUGUGGUUUGAGACUUAAUAAUACAUAUUUGGUAGAGCAUUAAAUUAUGUAUUUCAUAUUGAAGACCGAGUGCAUAAAACAUAUAUUAUCUAUAAAAUAGAUAAAAGAUAGUUCUUAAAUAAGAUUUAAUAACUAGUGAAGCGUCCAUAUCCAGCAUUGCCAGAUUAAAGUAAAUUUUGGAGCUUAUAGAGUAUUUCAAAUAUUUAGUAUUUUGCAUAAUGAGUAAAACGCACAAAUAUUUGGUAUUUUUGAACCCUUUUAGAUAGCCUAAACCGUCAUUUUGGAAAUAAUGCAUCUUUAGCUCAUUGCUAUUGUAUAUUGUGUAUUUAUUGUCGAUACUAUUUCCCUUUUGUCCAUAAUAUGGAAUGUUCAGGACUCGGGGGCACUUCGAUUUCUUCGGGAGGACGAUUAUCUGCAUCUGAUGAUCUAAAUAUAAAUCGUAUUCAUCAAACCGGAGAUCACUCCUGUGAUAAUCAAAUUUCUAUGGAUGUAGAGGAGAAUAUUGAAUGUCCCGUGACCAAUAACUUGUCCGGGUUUCGUUGGAAGCGGGUACUUAACCCCACAGGACCGCAGCCGCGUCCUAGGCAUGGACACCGUGCGAUAAACAUUAAAGAGCUAAUGGUCGUCUUCGGCGGUGGAAACGAAGGAAUUGUGGACGAGUUGCACGUUUAUAAUACUGUAACAAAUCAGUGGUACGUGCCAGUGCUAAAAGGAGAUGUUCCAAAUGGAUGCGCAGCCUAUGGAUUUGUUGUAGAAGGAACUCGAAUGUUCGUCUUCGGAGGAAUGAUCGAGUAUGGAAAAUAUUCAAACGAGCUUUAUGAGCUACAGGCCACCAAAUGGGAGUGGAGGAAAAUGUAUCCUGAGUCACCGGACAGUGGGUCGUCACCGUGCCCUCGUUUAGGACAUAGUUUUACAAUGGUUGGUGAAAAAAUAUUUCUGUUUGGCGGACUAGCAAAUGAAUCGGACGACCCAAAAAAUAAUAUUCCAAAAUAUCUAAACGACUUGUACAUACUGGAUACUCGAGGAGUUCACAGUCAUAACGGAAAGUGGAUAGUACCUAAAACAUAUGGGGAAAGUCCUCCACCACGGGAGUCUCACACAGGCAUUUCAUUUGCCAGUACAAAAUCUGGAAAUUUAAAUCUUUUGAUUUAUGGAGGAAUGAGUGGGUGCCGCUUGGGAGAUUUGUGGCUGUUAGAUACAGACUCAAUGACGUGGUCGAAGCCAAGAAUGUUAGGGGAGGCGCCGUUACCACGCUCAUUACACAGUUCGACAAUGAUUGCGAACAAAAUGUAUGUGUUUGGAGGCUGGGUUCCCUUAGUGAUUAAUGAUUCCAAAUCGACAACAGAACGGGAAUGGAAAUGUACAAAUACUCUUGCAGUUCUGGAUUUAGAAACAAUGUCUUGGAACAAUGUUACAUUGGACACUGUAGAGGAAAAUGUACCUCGGGCUCGUGCUGGCCACUGCGCAGUUGGUAUUCAAAGUCGUCUUUACGUGUGGUCAGGUCGGGACGGUUACCGGAAAGCAUGGAACAACCAGGUUAGGGUUUGCUGCAAGGACCUAUGGUAUUUAGAAGUCUCUAAACCGCUAUAUGCAGUCAAAGUUGCGCUCGUUCGCGCUUCUACGCAUGCCCUGGAGCUUUCAUGGUCUGCGACCACUUUUGCAGCAGCCUAUGUUUUACAAAUCCAAAAAAUCGAGCAGCCACCAAACACGAUCUCAAAACCCGUGAGUCAGAACAUUGUUCAGCAAGGAACAACAACACCAGCUGAAUCUUCUGGAACAAACGUUGCAGAAAAUUGUUCUGAAAGCGCCUUGACUCCGGGAAUCGUAGCAACGUCAGCAGUUCUGAAUUUAGAAAAAAAUGCAAUCCAAACGGAUGGAUCUGGAAAUGUCUUGUUGCAAACCUUUUCGCCUCCUUCAUCGCCUACAACACGCGUUAAAAAAAAAUUUAUUUCAUCGAUCGGAACUAACUUUACCACUUCUGCCGCUUCUGCUCAACCUCAAAUAUCUGUAAUCAGUAGUACUGCGAAAGUUGCCAGUACCACCGCGUCCAGUAGUAGCACCGUUAGUAGCUUAUUGCAAAAGUUUCGACCAACUGUUACUGCAGUAAGAUCACCUACUACUAACACCGUAACUGGUGUUACUAGUGUAGCUGACCCUCUAGCUUUACGAGUACCAACUGCGAUGGCUACAAACGUCGUUCUCAAUUCUGCAGCCUCAAGUACGGGGUUGCGUAUUGUACCUAGCGUAACUGCUUCUCAAACAUUACGCCUCGCUCCCGCUCAACCGGGUGUAAUCAGCAGCGGAAGUAGUGCAGCAGUCAAUAUAUUAAAAGCGGCCCCAUCAACUGCUGUUUUGCAAUCGCAGACUUCGGCAUCUGGAACCAAGUCCAUUGGUGGAAAACAGUACUUUAUUCAAAAGCCUCUUACACUCGCUCCUAAUGUUCAGCUACAAUUUGUUAAAACCAGCAGUGGGGGGAUGACCGUUCAAACACUGCCCAAAGUUAACUUAAAUGUACCCAAAGGAAGUUCCCCUCACGGUAUUCCAAUCGCAAGUCAACAGUUGGUGUCUGGAAGUAAUCAAAAUCAAGGAUCGGUAAUACCAGGAAAUCAACUUCAGAAACCCAUUGUUUCUGGCAACGUUCUGAAACUGGUAUCGCCCCAUACGGUGGCAAGCGGUAAAUUGAUUAUGAAGAAUUCAAACAUUUUACAAAUGGGCAAGGUAACGCCGAACGUAAUUGGAGGAAAGCCAGCAUUUGUCAUUACAAAUAAACAGGGAGCGCAAUUGGGAAAUCAGCAAAUCAUUAUUGUAACUACUGGUAGUGGUGUCAGAACAGUUCCAUCUACAACGGUUAUGACUAGUGCUGGUGGCACUACAUCAGGCACAAAUAUUGUAAGUAUUGUUAGCUCAACUUCAACAACGUCUAGUCCGCUUCAGACUAUAAGUGGGCAAAGAACUUUAAUAUCCAACCAAAGUGGAGUAAAGAUGCUGCGAAAUACGUCAUCGGUACAAACAUCGACUCCAGUUGCUAUUGGACAGAAACCAAGCGGCACUCACAUCCAUCAAAAAACGGCUUUGUAUAUUGGAGGGAAAGCCGUUACUGUUAUGAGCGCCAAUACAAGUAUGCCUACUUCUGGAAACAUUUCAAAUAAAGUAAUGUUGCUACCAGGAGCAAGCUCUACGAAUUCUGUAGUUUCUACUACAAAUCUAAAUGCAAGAAAAAGUUUUGUUUUUAAUACCGGAGGAAGUCCACGUGCCGUCACACUAGCAACUAAAAGCGUGAGCGCAAAAAUAAUAUCACCAACGCAAUCAAUGAAGGAAACCAUGCCAGAAUCAAUUAUUCCUGUCGUUUCUAUGAAGGAUACUGAAUCAAUAGAUGAUAUUAUUGAGCAGUUGGAUGGAGCCGGAGAUCUUUUAAAACUUGCCACAAGUGCAGUUCAACACCGGGAUGAGGAAGAAAUUAAUGAUGACAAUGCUACGUCAUCAUCAUUGCCACCGCCAAUAUUGACUGGAUUAGACAUAACAGCACCAUCGCGAGCGCUUAAUGCCAUAGUUGAGGGACAUCAUGUUGAUAUUCUUGAAGAUGUUUCCGGGGUCAGCAGCACAACUGGCGCUAGGGAAACGAUAAUGGAAAGAGUUGAAAAUGAUAAUAUGGAAUCCAUGGUUAAGUCGAAACCUGCUUCCGAUAAUUGCCAACAGCCGACAACUUUGGAAACUGAAGCUGCUGCCAUACUGACCACAAUAAAGUCGGCUGAAGUUUUAGUGUUGGGAAGUACGGAACUAAGCAAGGAUCCUGGCGUCUUUAGUGUAGAAAGUUCAGAUGAUCAAAAUGAGGAUCCAAAAAUUAAACAAGGACAUGAAACCCCACUGUUCACAACUUCCCAGAAUCCACAACAAUAUCAAAAUGUCGAUGGAUCGCACUUAGACGCUCUGGCCUCAGCUGCAGUUCUGCAAGCUGCGACGGCAGACGCUACACCGUUGGCAACUGCUGGUUUAGCAAUGAAAGAGUUAAUAGAAAGACCGGAAAGUGAGAUUCAGAUCAGGAGUAACAAUGUUGGUGAUAAUCAACAAACCAAUAUUCAAUCCACCUCAGCUUCUGUUGUUUUCCCGAACAAGUCGCAAGUCGAAAACCAAAAAUGGCAUACAGUAGGCGUAUUUAAGGAUCUCUCGCAUACUGUCACAACCUAUAUUGAUUCAAAUUUCAUAAGUGACGCCUUACUUAAUAAUAUUGACGUGGAUAAUCUUCCAGAUUUAAGCAAAUUUCCGCGCACCAAUUUGGACCCUGGAACGGCUUAUCGUUUUCGUCUAAGUGCUAUCAACACUUGUGGCCGAGGAGAGUGGGGAGAGAUUUCAAGCUUCAAAACAUGUUUACCGGGCUUUCCGGGCGCCCCCUCGGCUAUUAAGAUUUCAAAGGAUGUCAAGGAGGGCGCUCACUUAACAUGGGAACCACCUCCGGCUCAAAAAACUAAGGAGAUAAUUGAAUAUUCUGUAUACCUUGCGGUCAAACCAGCUGCAAAGGAUAGGGCUUUGGCCACACCUCAGUUGGCUUUUGUGCGCGUAUAUGUUGGUUCUGCAAAUCAAUGCACAGUGCCAAACGCUUCACUAUCCAAUGCACACGUUGAUUGCUCAAAUAAACCAGCAAUUAUAUUUCGGAUUGCUGCUCGAAAUCAAAAAGGUUAUGGUCCAGCUACACAAGUUAGAUGGCUUCAAGAUCCCUCAUCUACAAAACUACAAAUGCCGUCUAGUUCGACAAAUUUAAAACGUAUACAGGAAAGAUCAACUAUUGGAACAAACAGUGUUUCGAAUUCAUUUUGUUCGCCUCACAAACGUGGACGCAACGGAUUGCAUGAAUAACCACCCAAUUAAGUAGUAUCUUUCUCAUACAUAGGUAAAGAGAUAACGCUAUAAAUGUAAAGUCUAGCAUAAAAAAAUGUAUUCCACUUAA